CCCUAUCCUCACUGGCUGAUGGAUCCCAAAGGGCUCCUCUCCUCGAAUGUCCUGCUGUUUUUCUCUCUGAUCAUUGAGCUGAGCUGCAGAACAGGUGAGGGCUUGACCAGUUCCACAAAGACGAUUCGUGGGCAGCUGGGAAGCAGCGUGCUGUUGCCCCUGGCAUCUGAGGAGAUAAGUAGGAGCAUGAAUAAGAGCAUCCACAUCCUUGUCACAAUGGCAGAAUCACCCAGAGACACUGUCAAGAAGAAAAUAGUGUCCCUAGAUCUGCGGAAAGGUGACUCUCCACGUCUGGAGGAUGGCUAUGAGUUUCAUCUGGAAAACCUGAGCCUGAGGAUCCUGAAGAGCAGGAAGGAGGAUGAAGGCUGGUACUUUAUAAGCCUGGAGGAAAAUGUUUCAGUCCAGCACUUUAGCCUGCAGCUGAAGCUCUAUGAGCAGGUCUCCACUCCGCAAAUUAAGGUGUUGAACUCCACCCAGGAAGAUGGGAACUGCAGUCUCAUGCUGGCCUGCGUGGUGGAGAAAGGGGACCACGUGACUUACAACUGGAGUGAGGAAGCAGGUGCCCCCCUGCUGAGUCCCACCAAUAGCUCCCACCUCUUGUAUCUCACUCUUGGCCCUCAGCAUGCCAACAACGUCUACAUCUGCAUUGCGAGCAACCCCAUCAGCAACAGCUCUCAGACCUUCAUCCCUUGGUCCAGAUGCAGCUCCAGGCCCCCAGAAUCAAGACAAUGGGGACUAUAUACUGGGCUCUUCUUAGGGGGCAUCGUUGGCGUUAUCAUGAUUCUCCAAGUGGUGAUACUACUGUUGAGAAGAAGAGGUAAAACAGACAAUUACCAGCCAACAAUGGAAGCAAAAAGCCUUACUAUCUAUGCCCAAGUCCAGAAAUCAGGUUCCAUUCAGAAGAGACCUGACCCCCUGCCAGCACAGGACCCCUGCACCACCAUUUAUGUCGCUGCCACAGAGCCUGUCCCAGAGCCCAUCCAGGAAUCAGGUUCCUUCACAGUCUAUGCCAGUGUGACGGUUCCAGAGAGCUGACAUCACAGA